AUUAAAAUCCUCGUGUCAGCUUUUACUAUAGAAAAACAAAGUUGGUGUCAAACUGAACUCAACUGGUCGGAAAACAGAGACGGUGUUCGCCGUCAACCGCCACAAACAGCCAAAAAAUUCUUCAGGUUUUUCCUUCAUAUUUUUCUUCAAAUUUUCUCAAAUACAAUUCUCAAACGCGAUUCCACAUAAUUGCGUUGCACCAUAUAUCCAAUCAUCACAGAGAUUCCUCAAUUACGUUCUUAAAGCGGCGCGAUUAACAAUAUAGGUUGAAAUAUCACUCUUUGUGAUUUUUUUUUCAUUAGUAGCAGUUGAAUUGAACAAUUAUCAAAAUUCUGUAAAAUUGUUGUGUGUGUUAUAAGUUAUUGAUUGAAAUUCAUUCAUGUAAAUAUUUGAUUGUAUGAAAUCUAUAGCAAGAAUUUGAUUUUUAUGUAAAGGGUCAAGAAUUGAUUAGUUGCAAAAAAAAUUAGUUUUUGAUGGAAGAUUUAGGAUCUACCCGGUUUGAUGGUAUCAGCAAUGCUGUGAGGAGGAAAAGGAGCCAAACUUCGCGUAGGCCGCGGCCUGAUUCGCAGCCUAUUCCUGAUCCUGAAGGUCGUGAUUUUUCGCCAUCAUCAUCAACGCCUCCUUCGGAGGAAGCUGCUGAUAAAGUUGUUUCUAGUGAUGAGAAUGAUGGUUAUGAUAAUACUGGUUCCAAGAGAAAAGAAUUUAAUCUCAACCAUUGUGUUACUCAACCAUCUUCGGCUGGUGGGCGGAGUAGUUUAAAUAAUAGACGGAGCAGUGAAGGUGUUCUUGCUCCUGCUAAUUGGAAAGGUUCUAGUAGCAAAUUUAAAGAUAGUUUUGAUUCAGAGUCGAAAAAUGCUGAUAUAUAUGGUGGAAGGAAUCCUGAGAGUACGAGUUUGGGGCAGCUUCAAGAUGGAUUGGGGAGUGAGAACAGGGUUAAGAAGGUUAAACUCAAGGUUGGUGGCGUGACACGUACGAUACAAGCUAACUCUGCAUCUAACAGUGCUUCAGGAAGCGGAUCAACUUCAAAAAGCUCUCGUUUAUCGGACAGCUCCAGACCGCGCCAAAAGCAACAGAGUAAUUCAGACGAUAAUAUUUCUCCGUCUGCUAAGAAGCGAGGCCUCAAAGGCUUUCCGUGGAAGGAUUUCAAAAGGGGUGGAUUUGGUCUCGGGAAGGAGGAGACGUCGAUGGGGAAGAUAUCCAUAAAGAACACAUCUGUUAAGCAAGGAGACAAGUCUGAACCUGUUCGUAAGAGCAAGAGAGUACCCAAGCGACGUGUACUGGAUGGAGAAUUUGACGAUGAUGCCGAUGAUGAGAUUCGGUACUUAGAAAAACUUAAAACAUCAAAAGUUUCUGCAGUUUACAGAGAUGAAGAAGAAUCAAGCAGGAAACAUCGAAAACUCUCUAGCGUCUCUAAUAUGGACAAUGCUGUCUCAUCAAGGUCAGGCAAAGAUGGCAAGAAAAGAUCUAGAUCUGAUAGAAUGCUUGAAGAUACAGAUUAUGAGGAUGAAGUGGAAUCAGGGUCUGCUGGAGAGCUAGAGGAUAAGAAAAAGAAAAAGCAGAGGAAGGAAUCUGUUGAUGUAUUGAUGGACACUAAGAGGGAAAUGACUCUUACAACGCGUCAACGGGCCCUUCAAUCAGGCAAAGAUGCCUCUGCAUCUAAUGCGAGUUUAAUCGAGUUUCCCAAUGGAUUACCUCCUGCCCCACCUAGAAAGCAAAAAGAGAAGCCUACAGAAGAGGAGCUGCUGUCAAAGAAAACCGAGGCUGCCAUUAGGCGUAAAAUGCAAGUUGAGAAGGCUGCUAGGGAAUCUGAGGCUGAAGCUAUCAGAAAAAUACUUGGUCAAGACUCUAGCAGGAAAAAGCGAGAGGAUAAAAUAAAGAAGCGCCAAGAAGAUCUGGCACAGGAGAAGGCAGCUGAAGCAGAAAAGCAUGCAUCAAAUACCAUCAGAUAUGUGAUAGGUCCUACUGGGACAGUGGUGACUUUUCCCGGGGAAAUGGGGAUCCCUGCGAUUAUAAACUCCAAGCCCAUCAGUUAUCCUCCACCUCGCGAGAACUGUGCUGGUCCAUCAUGUACAAAUCCGUAUAAAUACCGGGAUUCAAAAACCAAGGUUCCUCUUUGCAGUCUCCAAUGCUACAAGGCUGUCCAGGCGAAGGCUACUGGUAAAACUACCAGCUGAUGUUGCCAAUAGUCCUCCAUUGCUGGCUUCUAUUACUUAUAUGUCACCAUCAAUAUGUUUAUCUAUGAUACAAGCUUUAGGCUAGAGCAAUUACGCGUUGAGCGUUUGGUAGAGAGGUCAUAUUGCGGAUUAUUCAUUGCUCUGUUUUUAUUUUUUUAUAUUUUUUAUGUUGGUAUAAGAGAUGUUGUGAUAAUAGUAUCCAGUCAAGAGGAAACAGAUACAGCUUGCACAGGCCUGUCUUGUUUCGUUUCUUAUCGGCUUUUUUUAUUAGCAAUGCUGUUACUGGAUAGAAGUCAUUUUGGCAAUAGCUUGCAGUAUGAACAGUCAAAGGAUCUUGUAUACUUUUUUUUUUUUUUUAAUGCAUGACUUUUAAAAUA